CAAACUUUGGAUGCAAAACCUGCUUCUGCUUUUUCUGGUUUCCUCCGAGAGUUGAGUGAUUUCCCACAGAAAGCUGCGAUGCUUCUACUGUACCUCCUGACUUUGGCUGCCGCCGUCCAAGCCCACAACCGACUGCUGCCAGGAUCCUGCAACUUUGAAUCCAGCACCUGCGAGUACACGUCAGAUGCAGACUUCUCGAGCUGGACCCUUCACAAAGAUGGUCACUUUGUGGCAGUGGACUCGGUGGACGAGCAGGACGGAGAGAGAGGAAGUGCAGGUGAGACACCCGGGGUCACCGGGGUUCUGCUGAGCCCGGCUCUGGAGCAGAGCGAGUGGAGCUGCCUGAGGCUGGUGUACCAGAUCACGGGCUCCGGGAGCCUGGAGGUCCUGCAGCGCUCCGAGGGAAGGAGCUUCGACCGGCCUCUGUGGAGCAGCCGGGAGCCGUCCGACAGCUGGGUCAUCUCCAGCAUGGACCUGCAGAACAGCACCGAGCCUUACAGGGUCGUCAUCGAGGGUAAACCUGGAGGCGGCCCGGCUAGCAGCGUGGCGAUCUUCGAGAUCCACAUCAGCCCCGGAUUCUGCCUGGAGUGCGACUUCGAGGAGUCUCAUCUGUGUGGAUACAGUAACCAGUGGAACGCCAACGUGAACUGGUACGUGGGAGGAGGGGAAGUCCAGCUGCUCCACAACGGCCUGCUGGACGACCACACCUUCCAGAACAGGACAGGUCACUUGAUGUACGUGGACUCCAUCUACGCCAAGACCUUCAAGGAAGUGGCCAAACUGGUGUCUCCCAUGACCACGGUGCCGAUGUCCGGCUGCCUGAGUUUCCAGUACCAGCGGAGCACGGAGAGAGGGAACCUGUUCUCCGUCUACACCCGCGACCGCCUGGGCCAGUACCAGGAGCUGUGGAGGCCGGAGCUGGAGGAGCAGAGCGAGUGGAGCGGCACGCUGGGCGAGUGGAUCCCGGUGCAGGUGGACCUGAAGGCUCCGUACUCUGUGCAGGUCGUGUUUGAAGUCACGUUCAACAGUCCGAGAGGCGGACGAGUGGCCGUCGAUGACAUUUCCUUUUCCUCAGAGUUCUGCAGCUCGGACACCGAGCCGACCUUUGACCCCUCCGUGGCCAGCUGUGACUUUGAGUCCGGGUUCUGCAGCUACACCCAGGACCAGGUGACGGGCUCGUCGUGGAGGAGAGUCUCCGUGAAGCCCAACAUCUUCAGGAACGGAGACCACACCACAGGAGCAGGAUCCUUCCUGUUAGCGAACUCCCGGCUAACCCCGCGCUCCGGCUACGUCAGCCGCCUGUCGGGUCCGACUCUGCCCGGGAACAUGAAGUACUGCCUGAGCUUCUACUUCUCUCUGAGGGAUUUCAACCAGACGGAGCAGGCCCUGGCCGUGUAUCUGCAGCAGCAGCACGGAGCCGGCAGCCAGGAGAAGAUCUGGAGCCAGGGAGAGAAGUCCAGAGGAAUCUGGAUCGCUGCAGAUGUGACCUUCCAUACAUCUCAGCCGUCCAAGGUGGUUUUCAUCAGCACCUGCAGAAGCUUCUGGGACUGUGGCUCCGUGGCGCUGGACGACGUCAGCGUGAAGCUCGGAGACUGUGAGCUGCCGGCAACAGGCUCGCUGGCGUCCCCCCUCCCCGGGCACUGUGACUUUGAGGCCGGGCUGUGCGGUUACACUCAGGACAAACACACAGACGCUGCAGACUGGGAGCUGAGGAGAGGACCCACCCCCACCUCCUACACCGGGCCCAGAGGAGACCACACCGCGGGACUGGGAUACUACCUGUACCUGGAGGCCUCCCCCCUGCUGUCGGGUCAGAACGCCCGGCUGCUCUCUCGCCCCCUGAGGGGGUCCAGGGGGUCCCAGUGUCUCAGCUUCUACUACCACAUGUACGGCUCUGGAACCGGCCGGCUCAGCGUCCACCUGGACAACGGCGGCGACGACGUGUUGCUGUGGCAACAGAGCGGCGAGCAGAGCAUCGCCUGGCUGAGGGCCAGAGUGGAGUAUCAAAGCGACAGCCUGCAUCAGCUCGUGUUUGAAGCGACCAGAGGUUCUUCAGUGAGGAGCGACAUCGCCAUAGAUGACAUCACCAUGGAAGGUGGACCCUGCCCAGAAAUGGAGAUUCAAGCGAGCGUGGGAACCUCCAACGAGAUCGAGUAGAGAACCGCCCGCUCGGUCAGAUGCAUGAACCCUGGGAUCACAUAUUGUUUUUGCACAUUACAGACGACUUAACGUGUUGUCCACCCCCGGAAAAAACAUGUCGGUCAGAACCUGUAGGAAUAAAUUUGGGUGAAACUCAUCAUGUAGUUCUGUUUUCAUGGAGCCAAACAUAUCAGUUGUGUCAUAGUCGACAUUUCCUUCCUGCUCCGUAGCAACAGAGAGUUUGUUAAACUGUGUUUGUCUUCACAUUUAUAUGCAUUAGAUUAAUGCUCCACGCUCAAAUAAAG